CGAAAAAACCCAGUCUUUCACAUUCAAGUUGGGGUCAAUUUUUCAAUUUAGGGUUCUGUUUUUGAUAAUUACUUGUUUUCUUUCUUUUGAGUUCUGAAAGUUAAAUUAUUAUAAGAAUUGAGUGUUGUUGAUGAUGGCGGGAGUGGAAGAAAAAGAUGUGGAGUACGAGAGUGAUCCUGAAGAAGCAAAGUUAUCUUUGAAGGCGAGGAGAAGAGAAGCAAGUGACGAUGAGGGUGAAAAGUCCCCAAAGAAGGUUGAUGACGUGGAGUAUGAGAGUGAUGAGGAAGAAGCAAAGCUGUCUUUAAAGAUGAGAAGGAGAGAGGCAAGUGAUGAUGAAGAGGGUGAAAAGACUGAAAAGCCUUUAAGGAGGGUUGAUUCCGAUGACGAAUCCGAGGGACAAGGUGGUGCUGCUGAAUAUGACGAAGAAAUAGUCGAAGAAGACUUAGAAGAAGAGGAAGAAGAGAUAGAGGAAGAGUAUGUUGAUGAGGGUAUUGUUGGUAAUGAAGAAAGUGUUGCUGAGGUUGAGGGAAUUGGUGAGGAGGAGGAUGGUGUUGUAAAGGAGGUUUUGGGGGAAUUGCGUUCGGGGAUGGAGGAUGGUAGUGGGGUUGUUUUCGGAGAGGAGAAAAAAGUGAAUGAACCUUAUGCAGUGCCUACGGCGGGUGCAUUCUAUAUGCACGAUGAUAGGUUUCGAGAUAAUGCUGGUGGGCGACACAGGCGUACAUUUGGUGGCAGAAAGUUAUGGGAAUCAAAAGAUGAUUGGAAAUGGGGGCAUGACAAGUUCGAAGAGUUGACUGUGGAGGAGAGGCAUUAUGAAGAGGGUAGGAGGACCUCAAGGGGCCGUUAUCGAGGUCGUGGUAGAGCUCGAGGGGCUGCACGUGGAACUUCUCAAGGAAGAAGACCAAAGGCAUACAUCAAUGAUUACAAUCAGAGUACCAAUAAUAACCAGAAGAUUCAGAACAGUGCUCCAAAAGGUAUGCGGGGUCGGGGACCAAGCAGGUAUCGACCAACAUCUAAGGAAAACAUUGAUGCAUCUCCAAUGUACAAGCAAUCUGGUCAGUCAGUUGAGAAACUUUCUGACAAUAGUAGCAGCAAAGCAUCUGCUCCUGUAUCAGAUCUGCAAAAUGAUGGAAUUACAUCUGUGAAGCAAAACUUUGCAUCAAGCUUGAAUUAUGCUUCUCCUCCAUUUUACCCCUCUAGUUCUUCUACUAAAGAAAAUACAGUGACACACAAGAGGGAUUUGCAGACCGGGACAAGCAGCCACCGCGUGCAGCCUUAUCUUUCAGGCAAAAGUUCUGCUGCUGCACAAUCAACGGCAGUGAUGCGGGGGAAGGAUGUGAGGGUUUCUACUGGUAUAGACAAGCUUAAAAUUGAUGAUUCGAUUUCUGCAGAUUUUGCGAAGCUUCCGUCCAAUUUACAGAUGCCUCCUGGUGCCUCGUCAGUGUACUCUAAUAAGCAGCCUCAGAGAGGCCAAGGAAGAGGAUUUAAUACAUCACCACAUAUGAAUUACCAAUACCCUAUACCCAAUAACCAAGGUAACAGAGUUUCUCAGCCAACCCAGCCCCAUUCUACUCAGCGAAAUUCUGUUCAAACUCGAGGACAACCUUCUCUGCAAGGUACCCAGCAGCUUGCGCAGCAAUCUGGUACUGGAUCUCAAUCUUCUCCUCUUCCCAGGACAGGAGAAACUGUGAAUACCUUACAUGGAGAGAUUGAAUCUUCUUUAGAGUCGGGAAAAUUGAGUGCUAUGGUUGCAAAAGGAAAAGGCAGUCUUCAGGGCGCUGGAGGGGGAUCAGCCCCGUAUGGCGGGGCACAAGGUAUGGGUUCGCCUGGAGACACGGGUAGUGGUAAAGGUGAUCAGAACGUAUCUGCAACUCCAGCCUAUUUGCCAGUGAUGCAAUUUGGGGGACAGCAACCUGGUGGCAUGAGGGCUGCUGUUGGCAUGGCCUUCCCCGGAUACGUUGGUCAACCACAACUUGGGUUGGGGAAUUCCGAUAUGACAUGGUUGCCAGUUUUAGCUGGGGCUGCUGGAGCAUUUGGCCCAAGAUACUGUUCGCCGUAUUUUGCUCUUGAUGGUGCUUAUCAUGCUCGCUCAUCUGGUGGGCCGAUAUCUUCUCUGACUGCUGCUUCAAGCAAAGAGGAGGAUAGUACCAGUAAACCAAGCAAUGAGCGGAAACCCCAACAGAAGAAUGAGCUAACUAAUGAUAAUUCCGGACAGCGACAGAAGAACCCUCGCAGAUAUACGGAGAUGAAGUUUGACCAAUGAGAUAGUGCCAUAGUACGGUGCUGCUCAAAUAAGCAGAUAAAGGUCAUGAUUUAUUGUUGACUUUUCCCUUGAUUCUCAGGUCUCGCCAAUCUCCGAGUAAAACUUGUGGUGUUGCAGCUUUAAGCCAUGCCCUCUGUUAACUCCAAUCGCUGAUCUGGAGUAUCUGGGGCUAUAGGUUUACAUGACAGACACCUGCUCAUGCUGCUACACUUUCAGAGAUACACUGCAGCUUGAUGGGUGGCAGUACUUUGUUUGAACAUAUGGUUCGUGUGGCUUGGUUUUCUCUCGCUGAAGCUUAAAUAAUUUCUACUAUGCUCCCUUCAGGAAAUUUAAGAUACAGGGCAAGAAGUAUUGUACAGCUGUGCUCUCUUAGUGCGUGAAGUGUUUUUUUCUAAACAUAUAUAUGCUAGCUUGUAUUUUCGAGUUUUCCAUUAGGAGCCUUAGUUUAUGUGAGUCGUUUGGUGGAUACCUUCAGGGUUCGAAGCUUACUGUUUUAUUUAAAUAUAGCAUUGCUUGCUCAAAUAUUUGAAGAAUUAACUUUGUCUAAAACGAACUUCGCUCAAUUAAUCUUGCUAAUAAA